CUGACCCUCCUUUAAAAAAAAUUAAAGAAACAGAUCUCAAAUUAUAUCUAGCCUCUAUUGAAAAAUGUGAAAUAUGUAACAAAAACUAUUAGACUGUUGAAACUUUUUGGAUUUGUUGCUUCUGAUUGAGCAGAUGCCGCACUUUUUUUUCUUUUAUUGACUGUGUUCUAUAUUGAUCAUUAUUUUUUUCUGCUUUUGAAAUGUCUUUAGUAUUGCACUUAAUAUUGUACUGAUAUUGUUCGAAUUUAAAAAAAAGCAGUAAGUCGCGUGGCGACGGUGAAAGUUCGCGCAAGCGCAUGAAAUGUAUGGCAAGCGAAAAGGCUCAUUAAUUGAAACGGAGCUGUGGCCGCGAGGAGUUUUCGAACAGUCUGCUCUCUAUUUGUUAUGGUGCGUUUGAAAAUCAUGGAUGCUGAACGCUACGAUGAGCAGCUCCAGAAAGAUGCACCGUUCCUGUGCUCUGAUCAGAGGAUGGAUGCAGAGCUGGUCGACAGGCUGGUGCUGCAGCUCAACAGAGUCUACCCUCAGAUACUCAGUGACAAGGAAGCCUGCAAGUUUAGGAGCCUGAGCGUUCCUGCUAAAGAACAACUACAUGGACUGCUGAAGCACCUUCAUGGAAAAGGUGAAGAGUCUUGUCUUGAAUUCUACCAAGCUCUUCACAUCCACGCAGAGGACAUCUACCGUAACCUCCCGACCAGAACCCGUCAAAGAGAAAUGGCUGAUUCAAACUGGAGCAACAGUCUGGCUCCCCCACCGGAGAGUUAUGCGCUGAAUGAUAAAGGACCAGCUUUCUUUUUGAGCUGCUUUAGUUUUGUGGCUGGCCUUGCAAUUCUUUAUUAUUACGGAGAGGUAAAGACAUUGAGGGGUUCUGGAGCAUUUCUGCAGUGCUCUGCAGCUGGAUUCAGUAAAAACGCAAAAGAUGUUUUUAUUUUCUAUACAGAAGAUGGACACAAAAAAAUAAUGAAGCUUCUUUAGAUUCUAGCGACGAACAAACCAUAAAACUUGCAUUGUUGCUUUGCCAAACCAAUUUAAUGCUACGCCAGCGUUGGGUUUAUUAAUAAAAUUGUUUUAUAUAUUU